AAAUACUACCCGCCGGACUUCGAUCCUGCGAAGAUCCCGAAGCUCAAACUCCCGAAGGACCGACAGUAUGUGGUGCGGCUCAUGGCCCCCUUCAACAUGCGAUGCAAGACAUGUGGUGAAUACAUCUAUAAGGGGAAGAAGUUUAAUGCCCGUAAGGAGACUGUUCAGAAUGAGGUGUACCUGGGACUUCCCAUCUUCCGCUUCUACAUCAAGUGCACGCGUUGCCUGGCAGAGAUCACUUUCAAGACAGAUCCUGAGAACACAGACUACACCAUGGAGCAUGGUGCCACUCGCAACUUCCAAGCUGAGAAGCUGUUGGAGGAAGAGGAGAAAAGAAUGCAGAAGGAGAGGGAAGAGGAAGAGCUCAACAAUCCCAUGAAGGUCCUGGAGAACCGAACCAAGGACUCCAAGCUGGAGAUGGAGGUUCUGGAGAACCUGCAGGAGCUGAAGGAACUCAACCAGCGCCAGGCAAAUGUGGACUUCGAGGCCAUGCUGAAGCAGUACAAGGAGUACGAGGAGGAGCAGAAGCGCAAGGAGCAAGAGGAGGAUGAGCAAGAGAUGAA